AUGGGUAUUAUAAGGGUGCUAGUGAAUUUACUCAAACGCACAGUUAUUCAACGCCACGUGAAAACGCACAAAAGGAAUGAAAGGCACGCCUGUCACGAAUGCGGAAGAUUAUUCCAGAACAUUGAAUCGCUCAGGGUACAUACUACCCGCCACGACAAAACAAAAUCUCUGCAAUGUAGCAAAUGCCCUCGCCGGUUCAUAUACCCCUCGCUGCUAGCGAAGCACGUGCAAAACGUGCACGAGAGAGCUGAUUAUUACUGCGUCGAGUGUGAUGUCAGGUUUAAAUCGCCGGACAAUUUGAGGCUGCACUUUAAAAAAGCAAAAAAACAUCGUGAUUCUUCUUCCUAUACUCACGAAUGCCCACAAUGCACGGAGAAAUUUGUCUCUGCAGCCUCUCUCUCCGGUCACCUAACGACAAUACAUGGGCAACCAAAAUGCUAUUCCUGUGAUAUAUGCGGCAGGCUGUAUAGCAGUAGAGAAUCGUUAAAAGGACACAUCAGAAGAGUGCACGGAGAAAGGCAGGGGGGCGGGGAGAGCUGUAUUGUGUGUAACAGAACGUUUAGCCGUAAAAGCGUACUAACAAUUCACAUGCGAAGUCAUACCGGCGAACGCCCUUACAGCUGCGCGUGCGGCGCUGCGUUCACACAGCACAACGCUCUGCGCGCGCAUCAGACUGCUAAACACCCCGAGACAGCUUAACACACAAGAGCACAAUUGUCGUCAUGAACGCUUUCACAUUCCACUACUAGAUAUAGGGUCUCGUAUGUCUUCGCAGAGUUUGGCAAACCUCCAAAAUGCAAGUUUAAAUAAAAUUCCUUCAUCAUACCCUUUCUUCACAAUUCCUUCAU